UACGGAUAUCCUGAUUUGAAACAAGAGUUUUACUUUAAAAACUGAUAUACAGGAGAUAAAACCCCUAAAUCUGAAAGAAUUACUUCUGAUUUCCUAUUACACACUUCAUAUAAAAACUACAUAUGGAUAUAAAGGUGGGAGCACUGUAAAGGGAUAUAAAUGGCAGAAAACAGCACGUAUGCCGAGCACUGCUACGCGUGGUUGCGCGAGGAUCUCUCGGACACCGUCACGCUAGAUGAAGCUAACGCCAGAUUUCAGGCCAGACAUGUAGGAGGAAUCGUCUUCGUUACGUUACUCAGUGCGAUCGGCGUCAUCGGGAAUCUGCACGUCCUGGUGAUGUUCUUACGUCACUACAAACGUUCAUCUUACCGGACCUACAUCCUGUGUCUGGGUGUGCUGGACAUGAUAAAUUCCACCAUCAGUAUGCCGCUAACAGUUUUCUACCUCAGCCAUCCUCUAAAUUACUUCAACGACUUUUUCUGCAAGAUCUACCGGUUUCUCUUAUAUUACAUCAGCAUUGCGUCUACCUUUAUCUUGGUCAUCAUUGCAGUUGAUCGAUAUAGAAAAAUCAAUACGCCACUUAAACGGCAAUGGACGGAGAAGCAGACCUUCCGGAUCUGUAUGGCUGGAUUGGUGUUUGGUUUAGUAUUUGCGUGGCCGGCACCAGUUUUGUACGGAGGUAGUUCCGUGAAUUUACCGGUGAAUAACUUGACAGGACACCGAUGUUACAUAGAGGACAAGUUCAAACAUACGUCAUAUACCGCUGUAUUUAACAUCGUUUUGACGUCGUUAUUUUUCCUGAUUUUCACCAUUCUUAUAACAUUGUAUCAUUUUAUCUGGAGAGCUGUGAAGAGCCACGUAGAUUUUUCUUUACAACAUCAGACGGGGUCACUGUCCUCCCUUGCGAAUUCUAUGUCUGUGGGGCUGGAUAAACUGAAGAAUUCCACGAAAGACGCAGAUAAAACCGUCAGGAACCACAAGUACCUACAGCUCCGCCGGACCACCAUCACGCUCCUGUCGGUUACCAUUGGUUACUUGUUAUCCGCGUUUCCUCAUCACUGCUUAGCGCUGGUCAUCUUUGUUUUUCCGGACGUGGAAUGCACAAUGUCGUUUGGCGCCAGUGUCGUGUUUUACACAUUUGUGUGGAUAUUUCUCGUCAAUAAUGUCAUCAACCCAAUUAUCUAUUCCUUUUCUGAUGUCCGAUUUUUGAAACAACUAAAAUUAUCUUACGGCUGUGGAAAUUCGGAUGAUAUUGAAUCCAUUUGAUAACACAGUGAAUAGUUUACGUGUAGUUCAUGCGACAACAUAAAAUGUGUAUUAUUCAUCAGGAGUUAUCUCAUCAACACAUUGCCAUUACAACUAUCAUUGGGUCAAAUGCUGGCGUGUUUCAUACCGAAUGUUAGAUUGUUCUUGGCACAUUGAAUUUGACUACAGAUAAUUCCGUUUAUCUGACUAAGAUAUAGAGCUCACGGCGGUUGUGAUCGGUCAACAGGAGAUGCUUACUACUCCUAGGCACCUGAUCCCACCUCUGGUAUAUCCGGGGUCCGUGUUUGCUUAACACUCUUUUGUAUUGCUUAUAGGAGUUAUUCAGAGAGUAAUCACUGUUCUUUAUUUUCGCCUUUCAUUUAUCAAUCUACCUAAAACUAGACGCUAUACAGGAGAGAAUUAUAAUUUCUGUUUGAACCGAGAUAUUAUGACAACGUAAACAAAGCAAAUCACGUGAUGAAGGAUCCGUUUAGGGACACAAAAGGAAAACCCUAUUAGUCCGGACCUGGCGUUACUUUCUACAAAAAGCUUACCCAUAAUCGUUCUAGAUUGCCACCGAAGGCGGAAUUCUAAAGUAUGUGGACAUAGUAGACGUAUAAACCUUUAAAUAAUGACAUUCCAUUUCCGGCAAGGGCUGCGAGAUGAUCUAUACGUAUACGUUAAUCCAAAAGAACGGCUAAUUUUGUCUGUAAUGAUAAUAGUAGGGGGUCUAUAUACUAUCCCCUAUUAAAAAGCAAGGAAUGAAACGAAUUUUUACUCAAAACUUCAAAAUAGUUUGAAAUUCUGUUUUUAUCGUCACCCACCCCUUCUUCCUGACAUACAUACAUGUAUAUCUUACCGUUAAGAUUGAUUUUUAGGUUCCCAAUAUUGCACGGAACGGUUCGGUUCGUUUUUAAGGUGUAGUAGCACGUUUCAGGGUCUGUAUAAAGUACUUACUAUCCCCAUCCGGGUGAUUUACUGUUUUUUGAUUUUGGAUUGAUGAAGAAUAAAUGUCACAGAAUUUACUCCGUAUUAAAGUUUACAAUAGAA